AUGAUUCAUUCCGUACUUAUAUUCAACAAUGAUGGAGUUCCUAGACUAAUGAAGUUUUACACCAAUGUUGAUAUACCGACGCAGAAAUUACUUCUUCAACAAGUCCACCAAUUGAUAUCAGUACGAACAGCUCAAGAAUGCUCAUUCAUAACGCCACCAAAGCUUCUUGAGGAUUUGGAUGAUAUCAAAGUCAUCUACCGUCAUUAUGCUACGUUAUACUUUGUAUUCGUUGUUGACGAUCAAGAAUCGGAAUUGGGUAUUUUGGAUUUGAUUCAGGUGUUCGUUGAGUGCUUAGACAAGUGCUUCACAAAUGUAUGUGAAUUGGAUUUGGUAUUUGGCUGGCAAGUAUUACAGACUGUUUUGGAGGAGAUCAUUCAAGGUGGGAUGGUUAUUGAUACAAACAUAAGUAGAAUAGUGGCUGCUGUUGAUGAAGCCAACAGUCAGAGUGGUAGCGGUGCUUCAGGAGCUGGAAGUAGUAGUAGCACAGCUGCUUCGAUAAGCCAGUCCAUAUUGCUGUCAUUGUCUAGAGAUAGAGGAUUCUGGAGUAGGUAA